AUGUAUCAAAUACUUUCGUGUGGCUCGAAUGGAAACUAUCAAUUGGGACUAGACAAUGAUGAAGACCAAUCUAUACUACAACCAGCCACUUUUAUGCUCCUUGAUCCAAACACUAAUGAGUUGAAAUCAAACACUAAGCUCGAAAGCAAACCCAUAAAGAUAACAUGUGGUGGAAACCACACACUUGUUCUAUUUGAGUCUGGUGAAGUAUAUGGCUGUGGAGCCAAUGACAACGGCCAAAUUGGUUGUAAAGAAAAAGAAAAAGAAGAAGAAGAAGAACUAGAAGCUGAACAGCAUCAUUGCUUCAAAAUAAUCCACCCACCCACACCAAAAGGUGUAUGGACCGAUAUUGCAUGCAGUUGGGAAUGCUCCUACUUGGUCUGCGACAAAAAAAAAGUGUAUAGCCUUGGUCGUGGUAACAAAGGUGAAUUGGGACUAGGGCUGGGUGUGCUAAGUAAUAGUGAUAUCAAUCUUGGCUUGUUGCGUGAAUUUGAGUACCCUGUCACCAAGAUAAAGUCAUCCUUGAACCACGUAUUGCUCCAAACAAGCGAUGGUAAACUUUAUGGCUGGGGAAGCUGCAGAAAAGGACAAUUGGGUGAUGUCUUGGAUCCAUCACUAAUCAAACGAGGAGCAAUUUGGCAACCGGUUGCACUACAUUUUACAUCAGAGGAUAAUAAUCUCGACAUGAGUUCUUCAACCAUCGAUGACUUUGUUCUAGGACGAGACUAUACAGUGUUUCUCAAAAGGGAAAAGCAUGGGAAACUCGAAAUAUACGGAAGAGCCAAUAUUGACAAAGACAAAUUAGAUAUGUGCAUUUCGUGCGAUAAAGAUUAUAAGAUUGAGAAAAUCGAAUCGAUGUGGUCUUCCAUACAUGUCAAAAUCAAUAAUGAGAUCAAGUCGUAUGGAGUCAAUACGCACGGUCAACUCUACAACUACAAGUUCCCUCAAUCAAUUGAGCAUUUAAAGGAUUGUUACCUGUUUGUAGUUGGUAGUGAGCAUGGUCUAUUACUAGCAGACAACAAGGUCUUUGCCUGGGGAUGGGGAGAACAUGGUAAUUGUGGAAGCCCCAAUUACGCAGCUAAAGCUUGUAGUACCCAUUCACCCGAAACGUUGCCAGAUGAUAUUACUUUUGACUACCUAAAUCCGUUGUACACUGGCCAAGACAAGGUCCAUCUCAUUGCUGGAGGAUGUGCAACAAGCUGGGUGGUUAUAGAGUCAGAAUCAGAAUUAGACUAA